AUGUGUGGUAUUCUCGGAUUAAUCCUCGGCCACAUUGGCGACAACCCGGACGCCCCCUGCCAGACCGCGAUCGAUCUGCAUGAGGCACUCUACUUCUUGCAACACCGCGGCCAGGAUGCUUGUGGUAUCGCAACAUGUGCUGCCGGGGGUCGCAUCUACCAGGCCAAGGGCAACGGUAUGGCAGCCAAGGUCUUCAGCGACGGCGCGCGUCUCCAGGAUCUGCCCGGGUCCAUGGGUAUUGGACACCUCCGCUAUCCCACUGCCGGGACCAGCGCCAGCUCCGAGGCUCAGCCCUUCUACGUCAACAGCCCCUAUGGCAUCUGCAUGGCGCACAACGGCAACCUCGUCAACGCCGCCGAGCUGCGGACAUAUCUUGAUCGGGUAGCCCACCGCCACAUCAACACGUCGAGCGACAGCGAGCUCAUGCUCAACAUCUUCGCCAACGAGCUCAACGAGACCAAGAAGGCCCGUGUCAACACCGAGGACAUCUUCAGUGCCCUGUCUCGCAUGUACAAGCGCUGCACGGGCGGCUGGGCCUGUACUGCCAUGAUUGCCGGUUUCGGCAUCUUUGGUUUCCGUGACCCCUACGGUAUUCGGCCGCUGCUCAUAGGCGAGCGCGACUCGCGCACCCUGCCUGGCACCAAGGACUACAUGCUGGCGUCCGAGUCGAUCGCUCUGCGCCAGCUCGGCUUUUCCAACAUCCGGGAUAUCAAGCCUGGCGAGGCGGUCUUUAUCCGCAAGAGCCGCGCCCCGGUUUUCAAACAAGUUCACGAGCCUCUCGGCUAUACCCCUGACAUCUUCGAGUACGUUUACUUUGCUAGGCCGGACUCUGUGCUCGAUGGCAUCAAUGUCCAUGACAGCCGGCAACGUAUGGGCUACAAGCUCGCCGACAAGAUCAAGGAGUUGCUUGGACCUGAGGGCAUCAAGGAGAUCGAUGCCGUUAUUCCCGUGCCCGAAACUUCAAAUACCUCGGCCGCGACAGUGGCCGAGAGGCUCGGCAAGCCUUAUUGCCAAGGCUUCGUCAAGAACCGCUACGUCUUCCGGACAUUCAUCAUGCCCGGCCAAGGCGCGCGUGUCAAGGGUGUCCGUCGCAAACUAUCGACAAUCCCGUCCGAAUUCGCCGGGCGGACUGUCUUGCUCGUCGACGACAGUAUCGUCCGCGGCACCACUAGUAAAGAGAUUGUGGCCAUGGCGAGAGAGUCUGGUGCCCGCAAGGUCAUCUUCUCCAGCUGUGCGCCGCCGAUCACCCAUCCUCACAUUUAUGGUAUCGACCUAGCGUCCCCUAAAGAGCUUAUUGCCUCGGACAAGGACCGUUUUGCCAUCGCCAAAGCCAUCGAUGCCGAGGAGGUGAUCUACCAAGAUCUUGACGACCUGAAAGCUGCAUGCCUCGAGCUGUCUCCUAAGGACGGCCCCACAGGCUUCGAGGUGGGUGUCUUCUGCGGGUCCUACGUGACCCCCGUGCCAGAGGGAUAUUUUGAGCACUUGUCCACCGUGCGGGGCCAGAAGCGCAAGUUCGCCAACCCGGCACAAGUCGCGAGCAGCGGUCCCACCAUGGUGGCCUCGUCUUCCUCCGCUGCGGGAACUGGUGCGAUCGGAGCCAACGGCGACGAGUCUGCCUCGGCGCAGGGGACUGACUCAUUUGCCAACGGCUCAGAGUCACAGAACGGCUCCCACGACCAGACGCAAGAGGAGGACAGCCGGCCAUCAAGUCGGGCGCGUCACGGCGAGCAGGAGGAGGUUAGGGAGAUGCAACAGCCUCGCUUCCAAGAGGACAUUAGCAUGCACAACAUUGCUACCGAUGGCGAGAGGCAUUGA